UACCUACUUACAUAUCUUCUUUCUUUGUUCGAUGUUAAUGGUGAAAAGGGGGGGGGGGACAUGCAGUGCGAUGCUGCUGUCCCUUGGGUCCUGCCUGAACCCAUGGAUCGACCCUCUUCCAUGUCACCGGAUUCCCAUCCAUCCUUUUAGCUUUCCCCAGCACAUCUCAAUGUCUCUCCACCAGAUGAUGAUGCAUUCAUCUUUCUCGCUUGGGCCCCUCAGCGGGAAGCCAGCCUCCUUGACGGCUAUGCCCCCUUUUCCUUCUCGUUAGCCUGUUGCUGUCAUCAACUCAUUCCCCCAUCCCGCCGCCCGUCAGCGUCGCUUAGCCAUGACUACAGUAUUUUGCGCUAGAACAUCCCUCGGGUCUCGAUGGAAGGGGACUUUUCUCAAUCUCGAUCUAAUUCCGAUAGAUUUAGGAUAGUCAGUCCGAAUCCUUCAGCCGCAAACACAAGUUCACGGCGGCCAAACCCCCAAGGAUGAUAUUCCAUCGAGAUCGGGGCCAGUCAGCUCGUGUUGGCGGUGCGAUGGCUUCUGGCCCUGGUUCUGUGUCUUCCCGGAGUCUGAAUCCGAGCGGUUAUGGAUCCGAAGUCAAAAGAAAGACAUCCCAGCAGCGACAAAGGACCAGCCGAAACCAGAAUCGGAGAAAAGAAAAGAAAAUAGAAGUAGAAGCAGGAAAUGGAAUAGCAAUAGAAGAAGGAGAAGCAGAAGACGAAG